GAAAGAGGACUGUUUACGAGCCUAGACUCUGAUCGUUUCGGUCGCUGUAGCUGGCCGCCCACCAUGAGCGGCGUCUACACCAGAAAGCCAUUGGACGAGAUCGACACAUCCAAAGGGGCGCUGCCCUUCAACCUGCAACGAGUCGCCGAAGACGAGCUCGGAGAAACUCCUGCGCGGAGAAAGGAAUGCCUCGAAAAGCUACUGCAGUCGUUGUCAAAAGAGGAAGACCUCCAUCCGAGACAAGAUGCCGCCUUCCUUCUGCGGUUCCUACGCGUGCGGAAGUACAACGUGGAGGCGGCGCUGCGUACCAUCCGCAACUACUACCGGAACCGCAACGCGACUCGGACCAUCUUCGAGGACUUAACGCCAUCCAGCAUAUCGGAAGCAACUCGACGGAUUACGAUGAUAAUGCCGGGAAAGGAUGUUUGCGGACGCCCGAUCCUUCUUUUCAAGAUCGGCUCGUGGGACAUCGUGGAAUCUUCUUUCGUCGAAAUGCACCGGGCCGUCAUGCUCUGCCUUGAGCAUUUAGCGAAAGAUCCUACAACGCAAACAUUGGGCAUGGUCAUGCUGUUCGACUACGCUAACCUGACGCCACAAAAAGUGCUCUCCAUCAAUGUGGGCUUGAUACGAAGAGGCUUCGAGUACCUUCAGUGCAGAAGACACCACGUCAUGCCAAGUGGACCUUCGAGAGAGGAAAAACCUCCUCAAGCAACUGGCGCGCUAAGGAUUGCAUGCCUAUGCGCAUGAAGGCCAUGUACGCCGUACGAGAGGGGCUUGCAUUUGACAUGGUCUACGCGCUGGUUAGGCCAUUCCUCAAGAAGAAGCUUGCCGACAGGUUUCAUCCGUACGGAGAAAAUUUUGAAGAACUCCACAAGCACAUAGACCCUCACGUCCUACCUAAAGAGUACGGUGGAGACGCACCUCCAUUAGACUUUAAUGAAUUCUGGAGCAAGCUUGAGGUCAACUACGAUGACUA